AAAUCUCGAAAUAUUGUUCAUCUUCUUCUUAUGGGAGAGGAAUUCCAGCAGAAAUUGGAGGGCUAUGUCGAGCAGAUCGCCCAAUAUCAUGAUCCGGCAAUGCAAGGGCUAGCUAGAGCACUGCUGCCUGUAGAGGAAUUCGAGGAAAAGGCCGCCAUCGCGCUUGCCAAGGAAGGGAAGUUCCAGCCAACCAAAGAAGAAGAGAACCAUUUUUUUCUCAUUCAGUUGCUCCACUGGUUCAAGACAUCUUUCAAGUGGGUGAAUUCACCCUCGUGUGAUUUCUGUGCAUCCAACACGCAUCACAUAGGCAUGGGAGAACCAAGUGCCGAGGAUCUCCAGUUUGGAGCCAGCCGUGUAGAGAUUCACAGUUGCGAGCUUUGUGGAACAGUCACUCGAUUUCCACGCUACAACAGUCCCGCAAAGCUCAUGGAGACACAAUGCGGUCGCUGUGGAGAAUGGGCCAAUUGUUUUACGUUCUACUGCGUUGCGCUAGGCUACAAUGCUCGUCUGGUCCUUGACUUCACGGAUCACGUCUGGACAGAGUGCUAUUCUCCUUAUCUCGGAAGAUGGGUGCACUUGGAUCCGUGUGAGGCCUCGUAUGAUACUCCGCUUCUUUACGAGAAAGGAUGGGGAAAGAAGCUGAACUACGUCAUUGCCGUUGCGAAAGAUGGAGUUUAUGAUGUUACAAAACGAUACACACGGAAGUGGCCAGAGGUAGUGUCUCGCAGGAACUUGGUAAGCGAAGAGACCGCGGAGGAGGUAGUAGCACUGCUAACAGCGAUUCAAAGGAGCAAACUGGAACCCGAGGAGCUCGAUAUACUUGAGCAACGUGACAGGCAAGAGGCUGAAGAGCUCUCUGGAGCUCAAGCCAGCCCAGAGACGGAUCAACACCUACCUGGUCGCCAGAGUGGCUCAAAAGAAUGGCGUGAAGUCAGAGGAGAAAUGGGAGUACAGCAUAUUGAGUCCGAUCGCAGCUUCUGCCCGGCAAGGCUAUGCGCAGAUGAGCACGUCGGUAAAAUCUACCAAGCAAUCGGGCUGUUAUGCUCUCAAGAAAGAAGCACGGCAGAAAAAGAGCUGGCACUUCUCCACGACUUAUUGAUCAAGCUUAAGAGGCAGCCAUUCAGAGCGAGAAGUGCGAAGCUGGAAUCCACAGACGAAACUCAGCUGAACUUCCUGCAAAGCAAAGGCGGUGCGGCAUGGCUGGAUGGCAUUGGAAUGAAGCAAGCGAGCGAUGGAAGUGGGGGAAUGCAAGUCACUCUCAAGGAACCUCCAGGAAAGGCUGCUCUGGCUCUUGUCACAGCUCUUGAGAACGUCGAGAAAGUCACGAAGAAGCUCGCAUCCCAGGACAUGAGUUCGCUGCAGCUGAUGUUACAAGGAAGGAGGCUUUGCGGUGGCUUGGUUUAUGCCACCGGCGAACAGAUGCCCUCUGGAACGGCUAGCGCAGCUUUUGACGGCCACUACUCCACAAAAUGGGAAGAACCAGGAGGAGCAAAAGGUGUGCUUGUAGGCGCGACUCUUGUUUACCAUUUGCAUGGUAACGCAUCUCAACACAUUGUUGGAUACGACUUAACAUCCGCAAACGACUGUCCCGAGAGAGAUCCUUUAGACUGGAUGCUCGAGGGAAGCUGCGAUGGGGGUAAGACCUGGCAACUCCUGGACAAGCGAAGUGGAGAGCUAUUUCAAGAGCGCUACGAGAGACGAUGCUUUAUAGUUGCCAAAGAGUCCCAGUUUCCUUGCAGUGUUCUAAGGCUCCAAUUCGCAGCCGUAAGAGAGACUGUAAAAACGUCGAGGCUCCAGCUUUCCUCCAUAGACUUUUACCUUCACAAUUAACAACAGCAUUUGUUUUACCUACCAUUGCCUACAAAAAAUGUAUGAAAACUAUUUAUCAUCACGAACUAGUGUUGAGAGUGGGAUUCGUAAUCCAGUGCCUCAGCUUUGUUCUUUUUCUUAAUCUAAAAGAUUGAUCCUUUAAACC